GCGCUUUUUGAGACCACUCGCUUACCGUAGUUGUCAGUGCGGACUUGCAGCUACCCGCGUCGUGUGAAUGAAAGAUGUUUGUGUUUGUUUAGAUGAGCCUUUACACCGUUGAACAUGUCUCAAAACGGGGGAGGAAGCAGAGGUUUCUACUUCAACACCGUCUUAUCUCUGGCUCGGUCGCUCGCAGCUCAGCGGCAGGCACCGAUAGAAAAGGUCCAGAAGCUGCAGUGCAUGUGCCCUGUGGACUUCAGAGGUGUCUUCCAGCUGGAUGAGAGGAGGAGAGAUGCUGUGAUUGCACUCGGCAUUUUUCUAGUAGAGUCAAAUCUGCAGCACAAAGAUGUGUUUGUCCCCUACCUGCUGGGGUUGCUUAAAGGGCUUCCUAAAGUUCAGUGGAUUGAAGAAAGUUCCAAACGUAAAGCACGAGAAACUCUUCCGGUUGCAGAAAACUUCAGCUUUUGUCUUGUAACCCUUCUCUCCGAUGUCGCCCAGCGUGAUGAGAACUUCCGAGGACAGAUCCUGGAGGCGGUCAUGGACGUCAUGCAGGUCCUGCAAGACAUCUGCAAAACCCCAGAGGCUCAUGAUAAAGAUUACCUGUGCAGGUACACUGUUCCCACCCUGCUCGGCGUUGCCAGGGCGUUUGGUCGUUACAGCAACACAGACGAGUCGCUGCUGUCCAAGCUGUUUCCUCGGCCCGCAGCUCCUCUCCUGUCAGCGACUGAAGACAGCGAUGCUGCUCGCCGUCGGUCCUUCAGCGACUUCCGCUCCAUCCUCCCGAGCUCUCUGCUGACCGUGUGUCAGGGAGACUCUCUGAAACGUAAAAGCUCCGGGAUGUGUGUGUCCCAGCAGGCCAGUCCAGAGAGAAUACCUCUGACACCCAGCUCACCCGGGGAUCCCUCUGCCCAGUACUUUGAAGGUACUUACCUCCCUGAUGGCAGCGCUGUGGAUCCUGAUUACUACUUCUCCACCAUCAGCUCCAGCUUCUCCGUCUCUCCUCUUUUCACCGGGAGCAGCUCUGGAGAGUUCCACGUCCCGCUGGAAAUGCUCAGACAACUUCUCCACAUGGUUGAGCAGUUUGUCUCCGAGUUGUUUUUGAAAUCCCUGGAUGGCAGCUUGGCAGAACUCCUGGAGAUGAAUCCGGGUCUUCAUUUAUACUACAAAACCUUCAGUGAUCCGCUGUAUGUUGCUAUAUUCAAGAUGCUGAGAGACACCCUGUACAAUUUGAAGGACCUUCAGACGGACUUUGUGAAGGAAGUCCAUGAUUUUGUUCUGGAGCAGUUCAGCAGCAGUCAGUCUGAGCUGCAGAGGAUCCUUCAUGAUGUGGAGUACCUCCAGAGCGAACUCAGCCCGCUGAAGCUGCGGUGUCAGGCCAACGCCGCCUGCGUGGACCUCAUGGUGUGGGCCGUAACUGAAGAACAGGGUGCUGAAAACCUUUGCACUAAACUAUCAGAGAAGCUGCAGUCGAAGACGUCCAGUAAAGUCAUCAUCGCCCACAUGCCGCUCCUCAUAUGCUGCUUACAGGGUUUGGGUCGCCUGUGCGAGCGAUUCCCUGUCGUUGCCCACUCUGUCACCACGUCUCUGAGAGACUUCUUGGUCGUACCUUCUCCUGUUUUGGUGAAGCUGUACAAAUAUCACAGCCAGUACACUCCAGGAGGUGGUGAGAUAAAGAUCCAUGUGACCAAUGAACAUUCCCAGUCAACCCUCAGCUCUAGCUCCAGCAAGAAGAGCCAGCCCUCCAUGUACGAACAGCUGCGCGACAUCUCCAUCGAUAACAUCUGCAGGAGUCUGAAAGCCGGCCUGACCAUGGAUAACGUCAUCGUGGAAGCUUUCCUCGCCAGUCUGUCCAACCGUCUCUACAUCUAUCAGGAAAACGACAAGGAUGCUCACCUGAUCCCGGAUCACACCAUCAGAGCUUUGGGUCACAUCGCUGUGGCCUUACGGGACACUCCCAGAGUGAUGGAGCCCAUCCUGCAGAUUCUGCAGCAGAAGUUCUGCCAGCCUCCCUCCCAGCUCGACGUCCUCAUCAUAGACCAGCUGGGCUGCAUGGUCAUCACAGGAAAUCAAUACAUCUACCAGGAAGUGUGGAAUUUGUUCCAGCAGAUCAGCGUCAAGGCCAGCUCCAUGGUUUACUCCACCAAAGACUACAAAGACCAUGGAUACAGACACUGCUCCCUGGCUGUGAUAAACGCCCUGGGUAACAUCGCUGCGAACCUCCAGGCCGAGCACAUGGUGGACGAGCUGCUGGUCAACCUGCUGGAGCUUUUUGUUCAACUGGGUUUAGAAGGGAAGAGAGCCAGUGAGAGAGCUUCAGAUAAAGGACCAGCCCUGAAGGCAUCAAGCAGCGCUGGUAACCUCGGUGUCCUGAUUCCAGUUAUUGCUGUGCUGAUGAAGAGACUGCCUCCAAUAAAGGAGGCAAAGCCACGUCUGCAGAAGCUGUUCAGAGACUUCUGGCUCUACUCGGUGGUCAUGGGAUUUGCUGUGGAAGGCUCAGGUCUGUGGCCGGAGGAGUGGUACGAAGGCGUUUGUGAGACUGCAACCAAAUCGCCGCUGCUGACGUUUCCCAGUGGAGAACCUUUACGGUCGGAGCUGCAGUACAACUCUGCGCUGAAGAACGACACCGUCACUCCGGCGGAGCUGAACGACCUGCGCAGCACCAUCAUCAACCUGCUGGAUCCUCCUCCUGAGGUGGCUGCUCUCAUCAACAAGCUGGACUUUGCCAUGUCCACAUAUUUGCUGUCUGUGUACAGACUGGAGUACAUGAGGAUGCUGCAUUCUCUGGACUCAGACCGCUUUCAGGUCAUGUUUAGAUACUUUGAAGACAGAGCGAUACAGAAAGAUAAAUCUGGAAUGAUGCAGUGUGUGAUUGCUGUAAGCGACAAGGUUUUUGAGGUCUUCCUUCAAAUGAUGGCAGAAAAAGCUAAAACUAAAGCCCAUGAGGAGGAACUGGAACGCCACGCUCAGUUCCUCCUGGUCAACUUCAACCACAUCCACAAGAGGAUCCGCAGAGUAGCGGACAAAUAUUUGUCUGGCUUGGCUGAAACUUUUCCCCACCUGUUGUGGAGCGGUCGUGUGCUGAGGACCAUGUUGGACAUCCUGCAGACGCUCUCGCUGUCCCUCAGUGCUGACAUUCAUAAAGACCAGCCGUAUUAUGACAUCCCAGAUACACCAUACAGAAUCACUGUCCCAGAUACGUACGAAGCCAGAGAGAGCAUAGUGAAGGACUUUGCUGCACGUUGUGGAGAGAUCCUUAAAGAAGCCAUGAAGUGGGCUCCGUCCGUCACCAAAUCCCAUCUGCAGGAGUACCUGAACAAACAUCAGAACUGGGUGUCGGGUCUCUCCCAGCACACGGGCCUGGCCAUGGCCACUGAAAGCAUCCUGCACUUCGCUGGUUACAACAGGCAGAGCACCACGCUGGGGCCCACUCAGCUGACGGAGAGGCCAGCCUGUGUGAAGAAGGACUACUCCAACUUCAUGGCCUCCCUCAACCUCCGGAACAGAUACGCCGGAGAGGUAGCAGGUAUGAUCAAUUUUUCCCAGGCGGUCCGGGGACAGUCUGAUCUGAGCCGACUGAUGAUCAAGCAGAUGGGAGAAGCUUUAGACUCUGCUCAGCCUGAAGCUUUCACCGAGGCCAUGUUCAAACUGGCUGCGCUGCUCAUCAGCAGCAAAGACUGCGACCCGCAGCUCCUGCACCAUCUCUGCUGGUCUCCUCUUAAGAUGUUUACGGAGAACGGGAUGGAAACGGCGAUCGCUUGCUGGGAGUGGCUGCUGGCGGCGCGUACAGGCGUGGAAGUACCGUUCAUGCGAGAGAUGGCGGGAGCGUGGCAGAUGACGGUGGAGCUGAAGAUGGGCUUGUUCUCAGACACUCAGGUGGAGGCUGAUCCUCUGGCUGCGUCAGAGGAAAGUCAGCCUGUCCCGUGCCCUCCAAAUGUCACCCCUCACCACAUCUGGAUCGAGUUUCUAGUCCAGAGGUUUGAGAUAGCGAAGUAUUCCAGCGCAGAUCAGGUGGAGAUCUUUUGCAGUUUGAUGCAGCGCUCUCUGUCCCUGGAUGUCGGCGGAGCAAAGACCAGCCUCAACCGCCACGUGGCUGCCAUUGGACCUCGCUUCAGGCUUCUGACUCUGGGUCUGGCUCUGCUUCACUCUGACGUCUGCACCAAUGCAACCGUAAGAAAUGUGCUGCGAGAGAAGAUCUAUUCCACAGCCUUCGAUUACUUCAGUGUGUCUCCGAAGUUUCCCACCCAGGGUGACAAGCGUCUCCGUGAGGACAUCAGCAUCAUAAUCCGCUUCUACGCCAACAUCCUGUCAGACAAGAAGUACCUGGCAGCGUGCCAGUUGGUCCCACCUGGUGAGCUUGGUACUACCCCAGCCCCGAGCACUCUCUCUGCUGGGAUAUUUGGAUCGCUUAUCGUGUCCAGCACUACUCCGAUAUCUAUCUUAAAUAAUCAGGACCCGUCCUUGAACAGUCUCUCGGUGAUGAACGCCGCCGACAUGAGGAGCAACAUAGACUCCAGCUCUCGCUCCCAGCAGAGUGGCCAGGGAUGGAUCAACACUUACCCGCUGUCCAGUGGCAUGUCCACCACAUCCAAGAAAUCAGGCACGUCCAAGAAGAGUAACAGAGGAACGGAGCUUCAUAAAUACUACAUGAAGCGCAGGACUCUGCUGCUGGCCUUACUGGCCAGUGAGAUCGAACGGUUGACAACGUGGUACAACCCCCUCUCCAUUCAGGAACUGGCCAUCGCCACCGAGCAGUCGGUGGAGACCAGCAUCGCCAACUGGAGGUCCAAGUACAUCAGUCUGACAGAGAAACAGUGGAAGGACAACGUCAACCUGGCCUGGAAUAUUGCACCGUACCUGGCUAUACAGCUACCAUCAAGGUUUAAGAAUGAAGCUAUUGUAGCUGAAGUGACCAGACUGGUGAGACUGGACCCCGGAGCAGUCAGUGACGUCCCUGAGGCCGUCAAGUUCCUCGUCACGUGGCACACUAUUGAUGCCGACUCUCCUGAGCUGAGCCAUAUCUUGUGUUGGGCUCCGGCCGACCCGCCCACCGGUCUGUCCUACUUCAGCAGCAUGUACCCUCCCCAUCCUCUCACCGCACAGUACGGCGUUAAAGUGCUGCGGUCUUUUCCUCCGGAUGCCAUCUUGUUCUACAUUCCUCAGAUUGUUCAGGCGCUUCGUUAUGAUAAGAUGGGUUAUGUGAGAGAGUACAUCCUGUGGGCAGCGCAGAAGUCGCAGCUUCUCGCCCAUCAGUUCAUCUGGAACAUGAAAACCAACAUCUUCAUGGAUGAGGAGGGACACCAGAAAGACCCUGAUAUCGGGGAGCUGCUGGAGCAGAUGGUGGAGGAGAUCACCGGGUCUCUGUCGGGUCCAGCUAAAGACUUCUACCAGAGAGAGUUCGACUUCUUCAACAAGAUCACCAACGUUUCGGCCAUCAUCAAGCCGGUUCCAAAGGGAGAGGAGAGAAAACGAGCCUGUCUCAAAGCUCUGUCCGACAUCAAAGUUCAGCCAGGAUGUUACCUACCAAGUAACCCAGAGGCCAUCGUGCUGGACAUUGACUACAAAUCUGGAACCCCCAUGCAGAGUGCUGCCAAGGCGCCCUACCUGGCCAAGUUUAAGGUGAAGCGCUGCGGGGUGAGUGAGCUGGAGAGGGAGGGUCUCCGCUGCCCGUCUGACUCUCUGGAGGACGGAGAGGAGAAUCCAGACGGCUCACGCAGGGUUUGCUGGCAAGCGGCCAUUUUUAAAGUGGGAGACGACUGCAGACAGGACAUGCUGGCUCUGCAGAUCAUCGGGCUUUUUAAGAACAUCUUCCAGCUGGUGGGUCUGGAUCUGUUCGUCUUCCCUUACAGGGUGGUGGCUACAGCACCAGGGUGCGGCGUGAUCGAGUGCAUCCCAGACUGCAAGUCCAGAGACCAGCUCGGCAGGCAGACUGACUUUGGGAUGUACGAUUACUUCCGUAACCAGUACGGCGAUGAAUCCACCCUCGCUUUCCAGCAGGCCCGGUAUAACUUCAUCCGCAGUAUGGCUUCAUACAGCCUCCUGCUGUUUCUGCUGCAGAUCAAGGACCGACACAACGGCAACAUCAUGCUGGACAGCAAGGGACACCUCAUCCACAUCGAUUUUGGCUUCAUGUUCGAGAGCUCUCCUGGUGGAAACCUGGGCUGGGAGCCAGACAUCAAGCUGACGGAUGAGAUGGUGAUGAUCAUGGGAGGCAAGAUGGAGGCCACACCUUUUAAAUGGUUCAUGGAGAUGUGUGUCAGAGGAUAUCUGGCCGUAAGACCCUACAUGGAUGCGGUGGUUUCUCUGGUUACCCUCAUGCUGGACACUGGGCUGCCUUGCUUCAGAGGACAAACCAUCAAACUCCUCAAAGGACGUUUUAACCCCCAGAUGAGUGAGAAGGAAGCUGCAGCGUUCAUGAUCAAAGUCAUCCAGAGCUGUUUCCUCAGCAGCAGGAGCAAAACCUACGACAUGCUGCAGUAUUACCAGAACCAGAUUCCUUACUGAGGAUGCUCCACCUUGACCCGAACAUCUCCACCCGAGCACCACAGAGCGCCGUGGGCGGAGCUGACCGGCUGCUUCUGCUCCUCCGGCAGCCAGUCAUGAGGCACUUUAAUGCUCACUCUCCCGUUUUACUCUGCAUACUGUUAGUCGCCAGAUUUUAUAACGUACAUGCGUAUUUUAGAGUAUUUGUCUAUUUAACUUAAGCAUUAAAACAGAAGAAGAGUUUCAACCUUUACCAAAAACUUGUAUCUGAAUCACCCUUUAAGUGUUUAUGGAUGCUGGUGCUGGUUACCCAGUAACUUUUAAAAGGGAGCCAUGUUCAGUGUUAUCACCGCUGUUAUGUUGCUGUGUCGUUACCCACUUUAAAGCACUUUAUAGGUUUCAUCCGCUUUACCUGCCUAUAAUCAGAAGAUUAAACACUAGAGAUUAAAACUAUCUAAACUUUAGUAUUUUAGAUUUAAAGGGACACAGAUGUGUGUUAAAUAGAUGAAGAAUGAGUGCAGGAAUCAAUCAGCGUUUAGUCUUAAAGGAAGUGUUUAGAGAAUCAUGCUGUAGUAUGUACUGUAAAAUAUUUACUGUAGAGUUGCAUCCAGAUCACAGGCAGCUUCGCCGUGAUGUAGAUUUCCAUGUUUACCAGGAGAUUUCCAGACUUUUACCUGUUACGUUGACACUCACCCUCACAUCGUCUUCAUCAGGUUUCUGUUAAAUAGAGACAGUUUUCCCCCACAGCAGCUGAUCGACACCGACCCCAACUCAUGUUUCUGCUUUUUGUCUCCAUGAUUUUACUAAGCUGCAUGCUUGGUCUGCAGUGACGUAGUUACAGAGCUAAGUUUUGUUUUUCUGCAGUUUUAACAGCCAGAAAAUCAUUUAAGUGUAAUUACAAGAAUGUCAUCUAUGAUUAUACCAGAUUUAUCUGUAUUUGCCUCCCAUCAGGUGUAAAACUGUAGUAACUAGUUUAGAAACAUUCCUCCUCAUCAUCGUUAGUCUUUAGAUCCGGUCCAGCCUGACGUGCUAGAGAUGAUGAAGGUCAUGCUGAUGAUGAUGAUACUGUAUAUGAUAAGCCAUUUUUUCCUACCCUUGGUAGAAACACAACUGUAGUAAUACUUGACAACAAAAACUAACUUUAUGCAAUAUAAUCAUGUUUGUUGAUGCUGUAUCUGUGUGUUGUUUUGUUGUACGUCCUUCCAUCCAGGUCGUGUGUGUGCACGUACGUGUGUGUGUGUAUGUGUGUUACCAUGUAUAACCUCACAUCUGAGUCUGUAAAGUGAGCAGCAGCUGCUGUCGUGAUCAUUUUUAUGUUGUAGCUUUUAUUGAGUCCCAGGGGAUGUCCAUCAUGUCUGCCGUCAUCUGUGAAGAGGUGGGGGGGGGACAGCUGUGUGUGUGUGUGUGUGUGUGUGUUUGUAUAGCUAUCUUUAUGAGGACCAGCUGAGUUUUAGACACAAGUGAGGACAUUCAGUCUCAUCCUCAUCAUUUAACAUCCUAAAAGCUUUAUGAGGACAUAUUGAAGGUCGGAACCAGGUUUGGGUGAAAUGGAAACGUGGAUUUUCUGAAGGAUACGAGGCUCAUUUACGCUCUGAUGAUCCACUGAGACAGAACCAGUGAUACGAGCUACAGUUUGAUGGACCUCAUAAAGAUACCAAUGCAGAAGUGUGUUUGUUAUUGAUCGGUGUAUUGGGACAUUAUUGCACUGUUCAGAUGAAAUCUGUUUUCUGAUGAUCUGUGAAAACUCGUUGAUUCCACAUUAAAUGUGAAGAUUUCUCCGAA